CGGGAUAACAACUCGCGAUCGGCAGGAAUGACGCUCAGUCAAUUUCGAGUAUGCCAAUAAAAGGACUUACCGAAUGGGAAGUGGCAGUGGGACAGGCCAUUGUUUCGCUGGGAUACUAAGCCAUUUUGGGCCGAGUUGGGGUCCAAGGUCUGACAGCCAGAAGAAGUCGCAGCUCGGUCUCAUAAAGAAUCUCCCAGAUUGGCGGUUGAUAGCCUGGGAUGACCGGAGCAACUCAAAAGGAAACUUCCCGUACGAGACAAACCGACCACCAGGCAGGCGUCACACCGACCGGCAUCCCACCGUCCGGCACCCUCUCGCUCAGUACCUGUAUCUUUUCCUGGAAUGGUGGACCGACAGUUGACCCUCUGCAAGCAGCAUCACCUUUCAGUGGGCCGGAACUCCCUAGAAUACCGUCAUCGUCUUAUACACCGAACAACAUACCAAUUUAGCAUGCGAUAAGGGAGCGCAGAUUACCGCUCGACCUUUCCAUGGCUCACACAGUCCGACCCAAUACAACAACGGACGGAGAUCAUCCUCAACUGAUUGCAGUCGUUCGGUCAACGAGGGACGAACGGGAGUGAAGGAUAAGGGAUUUGAUACUGGCCAUCCCUAAUCACCGGCCAAGUCAACGGUCAGCGGAAUUCCUUGCUCAUAUUCACUGCCGUUCGAUCUGCUUGAGCAGAUGAUUUGCGGCUAGCUGCGAGGGGAAGAGUGAUAUGAUCGACUAAGUGAUGGCCUUGUAAAACGACAAGCAUAUGGGCUGGAUCGCCUUUGACGAUCAAAUUCACCAGGCUAAUAACUUGGCCUGGCAGCCGGAACUCAGCCUAUUUCAGGAAAAUGAAGCCACAUGCUUUUGGAUCCUCAUCGACAACAUGUAGUAAAGGUGUAGAUUCAACAAUUAACUGUCACCACAAUAUAAAAUCUGUUUUGAGAGUUCUUAAAAAUGGGUUGAAUGUGGGAAGGAAGUUUCAUGAGUGCUCUUUAUGGCCAGUUAACAUGGGAUGUGGAUUUUUCUUGUGGAAGGAUGAUGUAGAGAUAAGAGGCACACAUCAUGGAGAAGAGAUGAAGACAAAAGCAGACAAUGUGAGGUUCAUGACUACUGCAAUGGUUGAACAAAGGGCUGUACAAGGACAGAUUGCUUAUCUUACAAAGCUACUUGAAAAUGAAGCCAAGGAAAACAAAAAAUUUAGGCAAUCAGUUGCUUUUGUUUUCAUUGCUGUAGUUGCUUUUGUUGGUAUGUUGUAUAUGCACUUCAACACAAAAAAAUGCAUAUAUUAGUGGUUGUAGUAGUGUGUUGUAAUCUGGUGUGUUGUAAUCUGGUGUGUUGUAAUGCAAAUUUAGGCAAUCAGUUGCUUUUGUUUUCAUUUGGUCUGUAAUGACAGUUUUUCAUUGCUAAUGUAGUACUUAUUGAUGACCAUUUAGCACUUUCCAUUGUUAAUAUAGUAAAACUUUUCAUC